AUGGAUAGUCAUCAAGUGAACCUGAAUUUUUAUCCAUACAAUGAGGAAGAAGAAAAGGUUAAUAUAACCAGUAAUUUUAACAUAUACUGUUCAUACGAUUUGAUUAAAGAAUUAAAAUUAAAUGAAAAUGAUAAUGUUGUUGUAUGCCAUAUUAAUUCAUCAAAUAGUUGUGAAGGAAAAAAAUCGUACGUCUGUUGUUGCAUCAAGAGCUUGUCUGAAAUGGACAUGAAAAAAAAGACAAAGCGGAAUGAUGUUUAUACCAAUACCUUUGUUUUCAAAAGUCUAAACAUUGACAUAUCAAACGAGGGGAAAUGGGAAGAUGGAAUUAAAUAUGGAAAUGAAAAGAAUGACAAUAGGAUGGAGAAAAAAAGUAAUAAAUGGACAAAAAAAAAACACUACAGUAUUCGCGUUGAAAUAAGAAAAGCAGAGCUUUAUACCCCUAUUCAAAGAAUAAAAUUCAGUGUACAGGAAAUGUAUAACGAACCUUAUGAAAAUUUAAAAGAUUAUUAUUAUAAUGAACAUAACAGUUAUAUGUUACAAACAUUUUGGAAUAACUUAAAAAGUAAAAAUAUGGAGAAAUACAUAAAUCUCUCCUUGUUAAACACUUGUUUAUUUCCUGAGAAUUCUUUAAAAAUUUGUGUACUAGGUAUACAUACCCAUUUAGUAGUUUCUGAUGUGGUACUUCAAAUUAAAAAGAAUCAGAAUUGGGACAAGGUUCCCUUUGAUAAUAUGUUUCGCAUUCCUUAUGUGAAUCAUAAUACCAAAAUUGUCAUAGAAAGAAUAAAACAUAUUCAGACAAAACACGUAAGAAAUGGUAGCAGCUGCACGAACAUCAUGAAUGACAGCAGGGAGAGUAUCAACAUUAGUGAUUCAAAUGCUAGAGGUUAUAAGAAAAAAGAUAAAUGUAUUAAUUCUGCAAAGAAUGAUGAAACUGGAAGAAACGAUUCGCAUGAAUUGAUCAAAGAAAUGCAAAAAGACAAUACUCCAGAGGGUAGCAAUUUUUGUAAAAAGACGCAAAAAAUAAAAGAUAAAAAUUAUUUAAAAAAAAAAGAAAAAGGAAAGAAGGAAGGGUUAAAGAAAAUAGGGGGGUAUAAAAAAAUAAAAGAUGAAAUAUAUUAUUAUAUUUUAUUGCCACUCAUAUAUAAAAAUAUAUAUGAUGAAUUUCAUAUAGAUAUCAAUAGAGGUGUAUUACUACAUGGCCCACCUGGUUGUGGGAAAACUUUCAUCGCAUUGGCAAUAAAAGAAGAACUAUUGUUAUUGAAAAGAAAAUUAUUUAACUUGAAAUUAAAAAAUAAAAUGAAUGACCUAAUUGCAUCUAAAAAUGAUAAUACUACAAUAAAGGAGUGUACUACUAAUGAGCAAAAACAGGAGCAUAAUAAAAGGAUACAGCUAGGUGAUAAAUAUAUGAAUGAUAAUAUAAUUUUACCAGAAAUGGAAAUUUUGAAAAGUACAGAUUUAAUUGAUAAUAAUAAUAGUGGAACAAAAAUUAAUGAAUUAUUUUUAAGAUGUUAUAAAAGAUAUAAAGAAGAAAACAAGUGUUCUAUUAUAUUUAUAGAUGAAAUCGAAAUUUUAUGUGAAAAAAGAGAAAAUGAAAAUAUAAAUUUAUAUACCUCGACGCUACUUAACAAUAUGGAUGGGAUCAAAAAAAAUACACACACAAUUUUGAUAGGGGCAACUAACUAUAUUAACAAAAUGGAUUUAGCCCUCAGAAGAAGCGGAAGAUUUGACAAAGAUAUUGAGAUUAAUAUACCCAAUUUAAAGGAUCGUAUUUCCAUAUUUAAAAAGAAAUUAGACAAAAUUAAUCACAACAUAAGCCAAAAACAAAUAAAGGAAAUUUCAGAUAUGUGCCAAUCGUAUACUUGUUCAGACAUAAAUGCAUUAAUCAAUGUGGCUAUGUAUAUGAACUUAAAGGGAAAUAAUAUCAUAUCUCGCAAGAGGUUUAAAAGGUCCUUGGCUUGUUACAUCCCAAGACAUGGGGAUUCCAUUCAAGAAGUUGGAACAAGUGUGGUAGAAAAUGAGGCCAAUGCAAGGGUCGAAGUAGUAGAAUAUCAAAGUGAACAGCAGAAAAAGGACAUCAUUAGAACCCAUGAUGGAAACGAUGAACCGGAGCAGAUGAUACCAAAAUGUGACGCAACAAAUGAAAAACCCGUUUCUAAUUUCAAUGCACCUGAUAAGAGCCAUUUGCUAAAAUACACACAUUUACUGAAAGGACUAAAAUAUGUAAAACCAUCAGGAAUGAAAGAAUUAUACGUAGAUAUCCCGAAAACGAGAAUUAAAGAUAUUGGGGGAUAUAAAUUUGUCAAAAGGUGCAUUAUGGAAUGUUUAAUAUAUCCCAAAAAAUAUAAGCAGGUAUAUGAAAAAUAUAAUAUACAGAGCCCUAAGGGUAUAUUAUUAUAUGGCCCCCCUGGGUGUUCCAAAACCUUAUUUGCAAAAGCAAUAGCUAGCGAAAUAAACAUGAAUUUUAUAAGUGUUAAAGGACCAGAAAUAUUCUCCAAAUAUGUUGGUGAAUCUGAGAAAACUAUUAGAAACAUAUUUAAGAAAGCUCGAGAAAAUAAUCCAUGUGUAAUAUUUUUUGAUGAAAUUGAUUCGAUAGCUGUAAAUAGAAAUUUAAAUCAAAAUUUUGUCUCCAACAGAGUCCUAUGUCAGUUAUUAAACGAAAUUGAUGGAAUAUACAAUCGAGUAGAUGUAAUAAUUUUAGCAGCAACCAAUAGACCUGAUCUAAUUGAUCCUGCAUUGUUAAGACCUGGAAGAUUUGAUAGAAUUAUAUAUGUACCCCUACCAAAUUACAAAUCUCGAUUUUCUAUUCUUAAAAAGACUCUAAAGUUUUAUAAAAUUAAUAAUAUGAUCCAUGAAAAAGGAAAAAAAUACCUUCCCACAAAUUCGUGCAUAAGUAACAAUAACGAGGAACAAAUCUGUCCCAGCCAUGGAAAAAAAAGUCUUUCCAAAAAUAAUGGAAAUCAAUCAGAAGUGGAAAACAACAGUGAUAGUUAUUACACUAUAAAGAAGGGGAAAAAUAUAAACAAGUCUUUAAAAUAUUUCCCCUGUAAUAAUUCUAAAGAGCAGAUUUCUAAAGAAUUAGAAAAAACAAGAAACGAUAAUUAUCAAAUGGAGAAUGAAAAACAUUACAACGAAUGUAACGUAGAUUCGUAUACUCCAAUGUGUGGAAAAAGUGGAGAUGUGGAAGAAAAAUUGCCUGAUCAUAGUAUGUAUGGCAAAAAGGGGGAUGAUAAAGCAAAGUUAAAUGUAAAUUAUUCACCAUCGAGAGAAAAUUCUGAACACGAGUUAAACAAUAGUAGAAACAUUAGGGGGAACAAGAAAAAAGAAAAAAAUCUGAAUGAAAGUAAUUUUAUACAACUAUGCGAAUUUUUAGCGAAGAAUACAAAAAGAUAUAGUGGUGCAGAAAUUGUAAAUAUUUGUAGAGAGGCAUCAAUAUGUGCAUUAAGAGAAACUCUUAAAAAAUGCAAAAAUGAAAAACAAAUGAUAAGGGGUUCAUUUCCCACAAGUUCUUUUGUUGGUCUUAGAAAGGAUCAUUUUGUCAAUGUCUUAAAAAAAAUUAAACCGCAAACAUCCGAUAAACUUAUAAAUUUCUAUAAAAAUUAUAAAGAACAAAAAAAGAGAUAA